GUGUCGAGGCUGAACAUGGCCGUGGCGCGGAUCACGUCGUCCAUUGCGGACGGCGAGCAGCAACCGCCGGUCUACUUUCAGACUCGUCGGUUUCCUUCGCCCAAGGGCUUCGACAGCUCCAGGAGCGCGCGCAAGAUUACGGACGUGAGCGUCAUCUACGGCUUCAUCGUCCUCGCACCCGUCGCCGUCAAGCGCAUUGCGGAUGAGAAAUCAGUCGGAAUGAAGGAGCUCCUGCGCAUCGCUGGUAUCUCCGACGCCGUGUACUGGCUGUCCGCCUUUUUGAGCAGCCUGAUGGUGAUGUCGCUGGAGACGGUCCUCAUCACCUCGUUCCUGACGUUCCCCAUCUUCUGCGAGCCGGCAAUACUGCCUCAGAGCGACAUCAGCCUCGUGCUGUUCAUGCUCAUGUUGUACGCUGUCUACUGCGACCUGUUCUGCCUGCUGAUCAGCUGCGUCGUCAAGACCCCGGUGUACGCUGUGUUCGCCACCGUGUGCCUCUGGAUGCUGACGUACGAGGUGCCCAUCUUCUUCAUGGACUUGCCCGGCUCCGUCGAGUACGCCGACCUCUCGCUCGGCCAGAAGGUCUCCACAUCCAUAUUUCCCAACAUGGCCCUCCACUGGAUUGUCCGCAUCAUCAGCGCGCACGAGGAAAACAGUUGAGUGUCUCGGUUGAGCA